CGCGGAGCGCCUAGGGUGGGGCGGACAGUUGGUGCAGCCCCCACCGCCACCGCCCCUACCGCCACCUCCCCUGCCGCCGACCCCCCCCUCCUCCUCCCCCGCCACCACCUCUGCACGACCCCCGCCCUCUGUCCCCAAUAAGGAGCUGUAUUAGGUCUCCUCGGCGGGCCCGGGGAGCAACCAUGGCGGAUGGCGGCGGCGGUGGUACGGGUGCUGUGGGCAGCGGCGGAGCUGGCUCAGCCUCGGCGGGGGCGGGGACCGGCGCGGCGGGGGCCGGGAGCGGCGGCCCCAGCAACCCGGCCUCGCUUCCUCCCGGCGACCCGCAGCUCAUCGCACUCAUCGUGGAGCAGCUCAAGAGCCGGGGCUUGUUUGACAGCUUCCGCCGAGAUUGCUUGGCCGACGUGGACACCAAGCCAGCUUACCAAAACCUGCGGCAGAAAGUGGAUAAUUUCGUGUCGACGCACCUGGACAAGCAGGAAUGGAACCCCGCGAUGAACAAGAACCAGCUGCGGAACUGUCUCCGGCAGAGUGUGGUGCAGUCAGGGAUGUUGGAAGCUGGAGUGGACAGGAUCAUCUCUCAGGUGGUGGACCCCAAACUGAACCACAUCUUCAGGCCGCAGAUCGAGCGAGCGAUCCACGAGUUCCUGGCGGCCCAGAAGAAAGAAGCCGUGCCGGCACCGCCCCCAGAGCCAGACGGCCAGGACCCUCCGGCCCCAGCCCAGGACACGUCCUAAGGUCCGGUAUCCUGUCUGGUCCGGGAGCGGUCAUCUCUGGCUUAGAGAGAUAGGAACGGGUAGGAGAGGGGUAAGCCACCCCUGGGGACGAGUGCGUGCCUUGUCUGUGCAGAGGAGUGACACGGGGGCCUCCCCCUGCUGCUCAGUCGGUUUCCACCGUGAGCUGGUCCGUCGCGUGUCCCGGUGUGUUUGUGUGUGCCUGUCCGUGCCCCGGAGCGCAGCACGUAAACCACACAGAGACACUGCAUUAGAGACCGGCUGGGACGAUCGGGCUGCACGAGGUAAAUUCAGAUGAAAAUCGUGUUUCUUCUGGAAUUGCUUCAGUGAGUCUCCCUGGACUCGAGUUAAAUUUGGGUUCGCAACUCGGUUGUGAAGUGGAACCACACAUUUGAAAGUGGCCGCAGCCUGAGUGGGACGCGGGUCUUCUCGAAGCCCUGCCGGGUCCCCUUGUGAUGCAAGGAGGCUGAAUUCACCACUCGGUCACCAUGAGCUGCUUCUGUUAAGUGCACCCCUUUUUUCUCGAAUCUGGGGUUUGAUUUGCAAAAUCGGCUGUAGAUGCACAGAAGAGUGCUCUGUGCGGCGUUCGGAGGACGUUCGUCAACACGAGCCGAGAGUAGCCGUGGACUCGGGUUCGCGGGCUCAGCCGUUGUCGGUGAGGACCGGGUGCGCCUGGGGUUCUCCCCCUUGGGGGUGCCCUGGCUGUGGGACUCUGUGAGGUGUCCUGGUUUCUGACGAGCAUCAGCGAGUGAGCGAAGCUGAUGGGCUCCCACGGGGCACUCACGCGAGAGCGGCUCUGUCCUUGUGCCCGCGCUGUCAGACUUCCGCUUUAAGUCUCCUGUUCAGUUGUGAAUUCCAUUAGGGACAUAAAAUGCAGUGCAUGCACCUCUUCUCAGCAAGCAUCUGGUCUCUCUUUAGGACGCGCCUGACAUCCUGUGGAAGCCGCACUGAGUAGGCGGGAAGCAGUGGACUCAGUUCGUAACAGGACCACUCGGAGUGAAAACGGGCCAAGGGCAUCCCUGGUGUCACCUUGGACUGUGGGGUGGGGUCCUCAGUGAAUGGGGAGCAAGUUUGGCCUGGGUCCCCUACCAUCCGGCCCACCUGUCCGAGGAGCUAGCACCAGCAGACACUACAGAGAUCUACAGGAACACUACACUUACCUGGGGUUGUCCUGGAACAAACCUUCAUACUUGAACUUGGAGACUCUGGGGUUCACACUUGGCAUAAACGACAGCUGCGGUGAGAGACCGGAGCGGUCCCAGAGAUGCAGUUUGAGGGCGCAGGCACGGGUAGCUGGAGCGAGUGAGUGCUCAUUUGACAUUGUCUCUCAGAGGUGCAGACCAGAAUGUACAUGCUGUUAGCAUCCAAUCGCUUUCAGGUUGUUGUGACCCUCCUGUGCCCAGCCGACGCGCGCAGAGGCUCGGACACUAGGAGGGACGGUGUGAGCUCUGUCCAGGCCGCCUUCCUUCCCUCCAGGCCAGGAAGGCUUAGGUGUGUUUAUUUUUUGUUGUGUUUGUGUUUUUUAGGAAAGUGAAUGAUCAAUAAACUAGCUUAAGUUUUUUAAU